AUGUCCUUUCAAGAUGUUAGAACAGCUCUGGUGUUAAGUUAUGGCGAUGGGCAGAUAGAUGACGAAGAGUUCGUGCUUCUCUACGAUGCAUAUAAGUCAACAAAUCCUGCUUACCCUUGCUGGGAAUUUGGUGAUUUUUGCUGGGAAGAGUACGAUUCCAGUGAGUUUGAAGCCAUGUUCAGAGUAAAACAAGAGGACAUACCUAUUCUUGUAGAUGCUUUGAGAGUUCCAGAAACGUUUAAGUGUGGUCAAGGAACAAUUUGUGAUGGCAUUGAAGGGUUGUGCAUACUGUUAAAAAGGUACAGUAUACAUAAUACAGUAUAAAUGUUAAUUUAUAUUUAAUAGUGUGCAUGUUUUAUUGUCGUAUACCUGCAUUUUUAUAUUUAUGUAUUUUAUUUGAACUUUCCUUCAGGUUAGCAUAUCCUUGUCGAUAUGUUGACAUGAUGAGCACAUUUGCAAGACCUGUGCCUGAGCUAUGCAUGAUCUACAAUACAGUACUUGACUGGAUUUAUGAUGUUCAUGGCUUCCACCUAACAUCAUGGAACCAAAGCUUUUUAUCUCCUUUGGCACUUGAACAGUAUGCAAAUGCAAUUAGAGAACGAGGAAGUCCCUUAGUCAAUUGCUUAGGGUUUGUUGAUGGUACAGUGCGUCAAAUAUGCCGCCCUGGCAAGAUGCAGCGUGUAGUGUACAAUGGACAUAAACGUGUGCAUGCACUUAAAUUCCAAUCAGUUGCUCUGCCUAAUGGUUUAAUAGCCAAUCUAUAUGGUCCUGUCGAGGGACGUCGCCAUGAUGCAGGGAUGUUAAAAGAUUCUGGCCUACUAGGUUCCCUGGAGCUUCACGCCCAUAAUCCAGAUGGGCAACUCCUUUGCUUGUAUGGAGACCCAGCUUAUCCACUUCGCCCACAGUUAAUGGCCCCCUACCGUGUUGGUGAUGUGCAAGUAUUAACAGAGGAUAUGAAAGAAUUUAAUCGAGCAAUGAGCUCCCUCCGAGUUUCUGUGGAAUGGUUGUUUGGUGAUGUUGCAAACAGUUUUAAAUUUAUUGAUUUUAAGAAAAAUUUAAAAUUACGGCUUAGUGCAGUUGGCAAAUUUUAUGUUGUUGCUGCAUUGAUGAGAAACAUAUUAACAUGUCUCUAUGGGAAUACUACUUCAAAGUACUUUCACAUUGAUCCACCGACCAUCGACUCUUACUUAGGGGUGCAUAAUUAG